CUGUAGUCCAGUGUAGGCAUCACUACCUGUCUUAUCAAGACCCGGCUUUGGAUCUCGUCAAAUUCACUCUCGCAAACAGCUAGGCGGUCCUGUUAAUUCCCCUUACACAUGAAGGAAGGCUGUUGAGGAGUCUUGGUCCUCUUAAACUUCUUGAGUUGCCUACUGGGAUACUGCGUUCCUGCUUCUCAUUAAGGACAUUGGAUGAUGAGUGUUUAAGCCAUUGGUAGCCCUAGUGGAGGGUGGUGGCUGGUGCCACUAGAGGGCUAUAUGGACCAGUCUGCUCCAGAGUUAACUACUUGUGGCAGCCCCUCUGAGAGCAAGAAUGGAAGUCCAGUGCACAAGAGAGCCAGGGAGCGCGUCCGUGGUCUGCCUCGGCUGCUGGCCAUUAACGCUCUGGUGUGUGGGGUGGAGAUAGUGUCCAGUGCUGCCUUUACAUACAUCCCUCCACUCCUGCUGAAGGCAGGAUAUACUGAGACUAUCAUGACAAUCAUCCUCGGCAUUGCUCCCUUCCUGGACAUGAUGACGGUGCCUUUGCUUGCCGAGUGGAGUGACAGGUGUACCUCUAUGCUGGGACGACGACGACCCUUCAUCAUGUUCCUAUCCACCGUCCUACUUCUCUCUCUCAUUCUCAUCCCAUAUGGAUCCACCAUCACUACUAUUGUUUUAGGAAAUAAUUCACCUAGAGUGAACAUGGUUAUUUUGGCCGUUGGAGUAAUACUUCUAGAUUACAGUUAUCAAGCGCUUUUCAACCCUUGUGAAUCUCUCUUGUCUGAUCUGAUGGCCACCGCACCAGAGUGGGAACAAACACGGGGCUUUACUGUUUACUCUGCUGGUAUAUCCCUAGGCUGCAUCUUAGGAUAUCUCAUUGUAUCAAUUGACUGGUCGUCAGCGGGGUUUCCAGCCGGCUCUCAAGAACAAACUUCAUUCUCAGUUAUUUUCAUCAUGUUUUUACCAUGCUUGUUUCUUACACUAUUUUGUGCUAAGGAAAAGCCUUACCGUCGGACUACAAAUUUUUCACUUCAGUCUACUGAAGGGAAUAUUGUGCUUGGAAACGAUAUGACAGUUGAAAAAAAUGUUUUAUUGAGGAAAUGUGAUUCGGCAGUUAUUAUUCAAGAUGGAUUGACAGUUCUAGACAUGUCUAGUGAUAGCACAACAUUCAUGAAGGACCAUCCUUCAGAUGGAGGCUAUGAGAGUGGGUCUAGCGAAACGGAAGACACCGCGCCACUCAUUCUCCCUUCCUCUGAGAUGCUCAAGUGGAGGUACCAUCGACUCGUUCAUCAAAUCAACCGCUUGCCUAAAAUAACUUUACAAAAGCUCUUUAAUCGUCUGUUUCGUUUGAUAUGGAAACUAGUAAAACUUUUAGUUUAUUUACCGUAUCAGAUAAUUAGAUUACCACUGGAAACAUGGAGAAGAGUGACCGGCGCUCCAACUGUACUGCGACGUCUCUUCUUAUCAGAGCUGUUUGGUUGGAUGGGGUUUAUGUGCCACAAUAUGUUCUUCACUGAUUUUGUUGGACAGUAUAUGUAUGGAGGUUUGCCCGAUGCCCCUGAGCACACUGCAUUGGCAGUCUUAUACGACGAAGGAGUGAGGAUGGGAUCAUGGGGGCUUUUUCUCCAUAGCCUUACUGCAUGUCUGUAUGCCUUUUGUAUUCAACAACACAUCGUACGUUUGGUGGGUCACCGCACAGUGUUCAUCGGAGGUCUGUUCAUCUUCACCGUGACCAUGGCUGCGACUAUUGUCUCUCCAACAGUAACAUUUCUUAAUGUUGUAACAGCUUUAUCAGGAGUUGGGUUUGCUGCUCUUACUUCCACACCCAACAUGCUAGUGACACUUUACAAUUCUGAUAGACAGCUGUACCUGUGGGAUGCCAGCCACCAGGAAGGGGGAGAGGAACGAGGACUCGGCACUGAUGUAGCUGUAUUGGACACUGCCUACUUUCUCUCCCAGAUAGUGUUGUCAAUAUGCAUGGGGCCUUUGGUAGAUUUGACUGGUUCUGCACUUCCAUACAUGAUAGUGGCAACGUUAACUGGAAUAGUAUCAGUGUAUUGCAGUUCACGUGUGGUCUUCACCGACUGUCACUUAAAUCAACUCAGGGCUGGAGCCUUUUAAUGGGCUGACCUUUGUGGCCUUACAGCUUUUGUGAUUAAUUCAAGUGUUUUUGAACUUCAGUAUAAUUACUAUUGUGUCAAUUUCUUCCAGGUAGGAUAUGUUUCAUUUUUUUUUUUUUAACAAGUUGGCCGUCUCCCACCGAGGCAGGGUGACCCAAAAAGAAAGAAAAUCCCCAAAAAGAAAAUACUUUCAUCAUCAUUCAACUCUCACCUCACUCACACAUAAUUACUGUUUUUGCAGAGGUGCUCAGAACACAACAGCUUAGAAGCAUAUACGUAUAAAGAUACACAACAUAUCCCUCCAAACUGUCAAUAUCCCGAACCCCUCCUUUAGAGUGCAGUCAUUGUACUUCCCAUUUCCAGGACUCAAGUCCGGCUAUAUAAAAAUAACCGGUUUCCCUGAAUCCCUUCACUAAAUAUUACCCUGCUCACACUCCAACAGAUCGUCAGGUCCCAAAUACCAUUCAUCUCCAUUCACACCUAUCGAACACGCUCAUGCACACCUGCUGGAAGUGCAAGCCCCUCGCCCAGAAAACCUCCCUUACCCCUUCCUUCCAACCUUUUCAAGGACGAGGGAUAAACCUACAAGCCAAAAGUGUGGAAGAAUGUAGUCUGUAUGUUAUGACAGCUGAGGUCCUCUUCAGCAGUUACAGAGGAAUGGGUCAGGAGAGUGUAGGCAGAGCUUUUUGGGUCCUCAGGAUGCACGAUGCCAUUGCAUAAUUAACUGCUCUUUCAGGGACAUGGUAUAAAUGUGACCUCUUGUAUUAGCUUGUCCUGAAAUGGAGGUGUGAGAGUUUUGGGGAUAAUAUGCUGUGAAUAUAAGGAAAAAGGAAUUGAGGAGUUGCUGCAAUAAACCUAAUUCACGAGAUCAUAAUGACACGAUUGCAAACAAACCAUACCACGGGCGGGGAUAGAACCAGUGAUCAGAGAGUCGUACAACUCCAGAAGCAUCGGUCUAGAGUUUUAUGACUCUGAUUGCAGGUUCUAUCCCCACCUAUGGUAUGGUUUGCAAUAAGCCUGCUGUUCCAUGAAUAACUAAAGUGUAAUGAACACUUGUCAAUGUUCAAUAAUAGCCCACAUCAAGAUAGAAACUCAGGAGAUUGAUUGAUCUGUAUAUUUCAACUCUCUUCUGAGAUCCUCUUCAGCUGUUCCGUGCUCAAAUGACCCUGUCCUCCUCAGUCUAACUAGCAAACUUGUUUAAAGGUGUUAUUGUGAGAAUGUCUGGGUUGUUGUGUGACUGCCUAACUAAAUUCUGCUGAGAAGUGCGUGUUGGUGUAUGUUUGAUUAUCACAUCUGAUUUUAAAUUUCCUCUUGAAGCGUUUGGUAUAGCUUAUAGUGUUGCCUCGGUAAAUGGUAAUAUCAUUCACAAGAUAAAGACCCAUACACACAUACAUUCAAAGUGACACUAAAUGAAGCCUUAUUGACUUUAACAUUAUCAAAAGAAAAUUUCAGAUCAGAUGUGUUAACCAGAUGUACAAUAAAAACCUUCUUCAGCACAGUAUUUAGUCAAGCGGUCAUGCAAUGACCCUGACACCAGCAGAACAGUGGGGUGUUAUGUUAACCCAUGGUGAAGAAUGAUAAAACACAGGCCAUGGUGUAAGUCGACUGGGCACACUUGCUAAAUAGAUAAUACCCAACUUGUCAAAAAAUAUACUUUAACAAGCGCUAUUUGACAGGGUGAG